AAUACGCCGGGAGGAUGAUUGGUCUUCAAACGUGCUGAAUCUCUUCUGCCCUCCUCAGUCUUAAGGCUUGAGCUGAAGGCACUCGAAUGCUUGCAGCGUCGGCAGCGCUGCUGGCAAAUGUUGCAGGGAGCAAACCAAGGCUGCUGCUCCCUGCCCUGUAACGAAAGUGGAAAUAGCCUAGCCGAUUUGGGAUGCUCACGGGCGAAGGAAAAAAGAGUCCAAGUCUCUCCACCGUUAACAAGAGGACCAAGUGCCUUUAUACCAGAGAACGAAGUUAUGCAAGCAAAUGGUUUGGAUGAACGUACUAAUCUUCUCGUGGAAGAAUACUCUACAUCUGGUCGCCUGGACAACAUCACGCAAGUCAUGAGUAUCCAUACUCAGUACCUGGAGUCUUUCCUCCGCAGCCAGUUCUACAUGUUGCGCAUGGACGGGCCCCUUCCUUUGCCCUAUAGGCACUACAUCGCUAUCAUGGCAGCUGCCAGACAUCAGUGUUCCUACCUAAUAAAUAUGCACGUUGAUGAGUUUUUGAAGACUGGCGGGAUUGCAGAAUGGUUGAACGGUUUAGAAUACAUUCCCCAAAGACUGAAAAAUCUGAACGAAAUAAACAAGCUCCUUGCACACCGACCCUGGCUGAUCACAAAAGAGCACAUUCAGAAACUUGUCAAGACUGGGGAAAAUAAUUGGUCUCUUCCUGAACUGGUGCAUGCUGUUGUCCUGUUGGCACAUUAUCAUGCCUUGGCAAGUUUUGUAUUUGGUAGUGGCAUUAAUCCAGAGAGAGAUCCGGAUACAUCUAAUGGAGUCAGACUUAUAGCAGUCAACAACUUCUGUGUCUGUGAUCUUGCCAAUGACAACAACAUAGAAAAUGCAUCCCUCACAAGUAGCAACUUUGGGAAUGUCAUGGUGUUUUUGCAGAUUGCAGAUUCUUUAAGCGAGCUGGAGGCCUUAAUGGAGAGGAUGAAGAGGCUACAAGAAGAUAAAGAGGAUGAAGAAGCCUCUCAGGAAGAAAUGGACACUCGCUUUGAGAAGGAGAAGAAGGAGAGCCUGCUAGUAAUUAGUGGAGCAUUUGACGAUGAAAUAGUUUCCACAGAUGUCUCCCGCUAUAUUGAAGAUCCUGGGUUUGGGUACAAAGACUUUGCAAGGCGAGGAGAAGACCAUCUGCCAACAUUCAGAGCUCAGGACUAUACGUGGGAAAAUCAUGGCUUUUCCCUUGUAAACAGGCUUUAUUCUGAUAUUGGGCAUCUCCUCGACGAGAAGUUUCGGAUGGUGUAUAACCUCACGUAUAACACUAUGGCAACACAUGAAGAUGUUGAUACAACUACUCUUAGAAGAGCUUUAUUUAACUAUGUCCACUGUAUGUACGGAAUCAGGUAUGAUGACUAUGAUUAUGGAGAAGUUAAUCAGCUACUUGAACGCAGCCUGAAGGUUUACAUAAAGACAGUGACCUGCUACCCGGAGAGAACUACCAAGCGCAUGUACGACAGUUACUGGCGUCAGUUCAAGCACUCGGAGAAGGUUCACGUAAAUCUACUUCUAAUGGAAGCUCGUAUGCAAGCAGAACUUCUGUAUGCCCUUCGUGCCAUAACUCGUCACUUAACCUGAAGCAGUCACUGGGAGGGAGUAAAGGAAUUUUUACCGAGUAUGUAAAGACCUUUUGAAAUAGAUACACACCAGAAGCUGUUUGUGAUGUAGCAUCAGGUUAUUCAAAUUCUCUAGUGUCAAAGUUUAGCCGUGUUUCUUGACGGCUGUAAUGUGCAAUGACGUGUUUUAUUUUCUUGAUGCUUAACAUUACUAAUGAUAACAAAAGUAACACUGAGGAGCACUACUCUGCAUUGUUUCCGGUUGGAUUUCUGCACAGUGGUCAGAAUCCUAAAACUCUUUUUAUUAUAUUCGAUUCUAGCGCUUUGUUCUUUAAGCACCGGAGUGAAGUGCUUAGAGACUUCUUUUCCAAGCAAUCAUUUUUCAGAUUAGUGGAGUCCACCAGAAGAUUGGUUCUGCCUGUUCCGAGAACGUACCACCAUGCCAUAACUGACAGAGACGCACACGCUGUGCUGCAUUGAAUUGCCCACUGGAUUCUUCUGUGUCUCCCGGAGACUGCUUGCCGGUCACUGUCUUACUACAGCAAUUGAAGGUGAUGUGAAAUGUGGAUGCAAACAUUGACCACACUUUAAUGUGAAAUUAAUCGUGACAAAUUCUACAGCAUGCUACUGAAGUGCAAAAUUCAUCUGCUUUAUCAUGCCUCUUCCCAAGAGAAGAGCCCUCACAAUUUGCCAUUUCAGCUACACUUACCGUGUCUCAAUCAUGCAUAAUCUUGGUUUACCGACAGUCACCCUCAGUUGUCUUUACAAUAUCCAUGCUCAUCACAUGUUGCAAUUUGUUUAGUUGGCACCUAUAAAGUUGAUACACAGGCUGACCAAAAACAGGGUUGUGGGUUUUUUUGCACUCUCUUCUUUCUCGAUGUUUUAAGUAAGGAAAGUAAAGGAAGGCUAGCAUAUCUGUUCUUUCAUAUUGGAUGUGUAGAAAUUUAUUUCCCAUAACUUCUUCAUAGCAUGAAGUCUUAAUAUUCAAAGUUUAAAAGUUUCUAUGCAUUAGUGUGGGUGAACAAAAGAAAAGUGCAAUAUUUAAAAAGAAAGCAAGCUUUUUUCCCUAUCAUGUCACUGCUAAAGUGUCCUUUUUAUAUAGCCAUAAAGAAAUUUUAAAACCAAAUUUCUUUAUUGUCUAAGGCCUAGCAGUUUUGUUUUAGUUUUUAUGGCUUAAGACAACCUGAUACUGAGAUGCCAAAGCAUCCCCAAAACAAAGCAUUCUUGGACAACUGGUAAUAUUGGGGAAGGGAAGAAAUAAGCUGCCAAAAAUGUCACACUUUUGUGCUGUUUUCUGUUGCUUUUGACUAAUUUUAAGAGCACAAAAUGUUGAUAUUUAUAGCUUUAUUUUGUAUUGCAUUUAAUGAACCAGUGAAGUGCCUAAAGAGAUGCUUAAACCUACCCAGUAGGAUGCAAGUUGUCACUGCUUAAACUUUCGUCUGUUGGACCUUUCAUAGUGCUCUGAGGAGGGUGAGCUUUGUUUCUGUUGCAUACGUACAGAACUAACUGGAUAGGUUUCGUUUUAAUAUUCCAUUGGAUUGUAGAAGAUAGUACAGGAUUUUUUUCCAUUGAUGAUUUCAGAGUAGUUUUUUGGAAAAUGGUAAUAUUACCAGUCAUACUUGUAACACUUCUCAUUGACAAAAUCAUGGACCACUAUGCUUUAAAGUUAGUUUUCUUCCCUUUUCUUGACCUUGCUGUGACUUCGCAUGUUGGAUUUUUCGCUUAAUCUGUCUGUUCCAGAUAGGAAAGCUAAAUGAUUGUACACUUCUCUGCACUUUCAGACUGCAGAUUCUGCAUGUGAAAAACCUUUGAGGAAAAAUCAGUAAUAUUUUUUUAUUUAAUGUAAUGUUGGCUACUUGGAAAAGUACCCUCUAGACAGCAUCAGACUGUCUGCUAGAGAGAGCACUGGGUAAAACAUCAGAUUUAUUUAUCUUCAAUAGCUAACUGCCAAGAUUUCUCAGAAGUGUAGAGACACUGAUAUGUAUGAACUUAGAUUCACUUUCUGAGUUGUUAUAGUUCUUCUUCCUCCCUGUUGUAAAUGUAGUGGCCAUACCGACUGGCUUUUGUGCAUAAAACAGUUCUGCUGAGAGGACUUUUCAUGCAAUACUUUUGCUUUUUUUUUGAGUGGUGGGAACCGUACAGUACUACUUCAAAUUCCUUUGCUUUGAGAAGUCAAGUAGUUCUCAAGAAGCACAGUUGAGCUCUGGAAAGGAGGUGAAACUAGAUUUGGGUAACUAAUAGGACCGCUUAGUUUCCCUUCAGAAAUGCAAAGACUCUUAGAGUAGGUUGAAUUUUAUGUUUGGAAACAUGAGUGCCUUUACUUCUUUCCUUAUGAAAUAUACUUGCCAGCUCAAACGCCUUCAGAGCAAAGUACCUGAGCAGAUUUGAAAUAUAGAAACCAUAAAUGGAUUGCUUCAUAAAAUUUGUAGUAAAUCAGUAAUUUUUUUUAAGGUGCCAUAUCAAGUCACAUAUGGCCUGCAAGACAUUCCACCAUAGGAAAUGUCAUUGUGCAAGUAGUUUGCUAUUUCUUUUUUUUCCUUUAAUAUUAAAUGCAAACUUGAAACUUUUGGAGAUAUUUUCCAUGUGGCAUUUUUUUUUUCAAAGUAUUGCAUUAACAGUGUAACAAUUUAUAGCCUAGUUUUUAUACUCAGAUUUAUGGUUUUUACUAGACGUUUGUUCAGAAUAGGUCUUUAAAGUCAUACAGCUAUACCGGAUGCUUUAUGCACGCUUUAGGCUCACCCUGUGCCAAAUUGUAAUGUGCAAGUGUUCUUGGAAUUUUUACAUUUUUAAAGCACUCGUGAAUGUGAAUCUUCACCCUUUGAUCAUUAAUAGUAUCCUGAAGAGUACCAUAAUCGUGGGAAGCGUAGAUACUCUCCCUCUGUUUUCCCUUAUUGGCAUUGAUAUUUACCAGCAUCUAUGUUAGUCCAUGGAAUCCCAGCUGUGACCAACGUACAAACAAAGUGUGCAGUCUCCUGUCUGCUGAUGAGAAAGCUCGUUAGGUCCAAAUUAACUAGCUAGCACAGGAAAUGCUGUAAGUAGGGAACAGAGCUUUGAGCAGGGACAGCUUCUUGUCGCUGCAGAAUCACUGUAAAAUGUGUGUUCUGGUAGUGCAUAUUCUCACUAUAUGGAAAUCACUCCAUUUUUUUUGGUAAUGAAGAGAAGUGAAAAAGAUACCAGCUGGAGAAAGCAUUUGCAUUCCCAGGAUGCUCCGCCUGCAGCUGAUGAUCACAGGAGCGUCAUCACGUUGGAACAGAAACCAUUUUUAACUAAGGUAGAAUUUAUUACACUCAUAGCUACUAAAACUAGCGUUGAGGUAUCCUGUGAGAAUUUUGGUAAGCUGUAGAUGAGUUUAACUGUUCGUAAGACUGAACUGAAACAUACAUACUUUGUCCCAAAAACUUGAUUAAAAUGAAAAGGAUGUACUUUCAGCUUUAAGAACUGGCAAAUGGCCACGUCAGCUCUUCCUAUGCAUUGAAGAAAUCUUAAAGCACAGGAAAAUCCAUGAUUAUAAACAAUUAUAAACCUAGUAGGUCUCUGUAUAAAUUCAGAACAGAACAAAAAGGAAAACAUUUUGCUUCUCUCUUGCUUGAGUGCAGAAGGUCAAAGCACCAGAUUCUUCAACAGUAUUUUUGUUCGUAGCAAUGCUGAUAGAUGCUUUCAGAGGAUUUUGGGAAAAGCAGUUAGUUGCCUGAAUUUCAAUGGGAAUUUAAGCAGCUAGGCAUUCAGCAAAACCCUACAAGGUGCCCACUUGCAUUUUUGAGUCAGAUUUUUAAAGAUACUUAAUCACCUAAAUUCAAUAGAAUAAAAGCAGUUUCCAUAGAGAUUAAAGGAAUAAUAUGUAGCAGAUCCAUGUGAUUUGCAGCGAUUGUUAAUGAAAUGGGUUGUUUGGGGGACUUAAUAUAGACUCAGAGAAAUCUUUUCAAAAGAGGUUAAACUGUAAGCUGCUGCUCUUGCAGAACAGGUUCUCGAUGUUUCUCAUGCAUGUGUGUUUUCCAUGCACAUUGACAUGCAUUUCAGGCUCCUAUUCCAGAGUUUGGGCUCUCUUUUAGAAGAGAUAGAUUAUUUAACCUCUGCUUGCAGAAAAGAUUUAUUGGGAUUAGCAAGUGGAUAGCUUGUGCCAGGACGAAAGUUUUGGCCGGACGGAUAUAUUCCAAAUCUUCCUGAUUAAAACUGAUUUUUUUUUCAGAUAUUUUCCUUAGGCAUUCAGAUCCGUCCCCCAUAAAUUAGAGGUGAUGUUGCACAAAA